AUGUUCGCCAACUUCAGCGACAUGUCCCGACUGAUUCAGCGCGAGCUGACCGUUAUGACUGUAUCCCUGGCGCUUUUGACGCUUCUCGCCGCGGCGGUCGACGGCGACCUGCUCGAAAAGUACGCGAGCGCACCCGGCAACGUGUACCACGGUAGCGCCGCCGCCGCCGCCGUCGCUGACGUAAUUGUAGCUCGCGCGCGCCACCGCUUCAGGUACACUCGAGAUAUUCACGGGCCGGAGCUCCUGAUCCCGCGGCGAGUGCUCGAGGACGGCCGCUUCAGCACGUAUUCCCUGCCGAAUUUCUAUAACCGCCGGGAGAUCGGCGAGCGCGGCAAGAGGUCCCCCGGGACGACCGAUAAAUUGCACCUGGUGCUACCCUUCAACGGGAUCGAUCACCACGUGGAGCUCAGCCCGUACCAUGAAUUCAUCUCGCCCGACAUGCUGCUGGAGACACGGGGCGCCGGGAUCGGCACUAAUCUCGACGAGGGCUUGAGAUUCAGCCGGCCGUCCGACCGGCAAUGCCACUAUCGCGGCACCGUUCGGGGCCACGACAAUUUCAGGGCGGCUCUGUCUCUGUGCGACGGUGUGGCUGGUUACGUGCAAACUAAUCACGGACGGUACUUCAUCGAGCCAGUCUAUCAGGCCGAACCCGAAGCGGACGGCCGGCACGUUCAUGUGGCUUACAAGCGAGACGCGCCGCACGAGAAGGAGAGCUCGCCGGUCGGCGGCGCCGUGAUGACGAAGAGGCACUGCGGGACUAGCGACAACUGGGAGUCGGCGUGGGCGGAGCAGCUGGCUAAAAGGCAGAAGCGGCUAAUGGAAAAUAAUUCUGUCGGCGCGAAGCGCGACGCCGUCGUGUCCGCCGGCACGCACAGCGUGCACCGUUACAUCGAGGUCGGAUUGGUCGCCGAUCGGCGGUUCCUCGACUUUCACAACAGCACCGAUUACGAGCAGUACCUGUUGACGAUCAUGAAUAUGGUGUCGGACUAUUACCACGAUAGCUCCGUGGGAAACCAGAUAGACGUCGUCUUGGUGCGCGUGAUAUACCUGGAGAAGGAAAAGGAGGAGAUAGAUUUGCUCAUUAGCCCGGCCGCCGAGAGCACGCUCGAUAGUUUCUCGAAAUGGGCUGAGAAGAUGAAUCCAAAGGACGACACGCAUCCCAAUCAUUAUGACAUCGCGGCGCUGAUUACGAGGUACGACAUUUGCUCGGAGGGGACCAAUUGCGACCUGAUGGGUCUGGCUCACGUCGCCGCGGCCUGCGACUCAACGAAGGCUGCCUGCAUCAACGAAGACAGCGGCCUCCUGCUCGGCAUCGUGGUCGCGCACGAAGUCGGUCACGUUAUGGGCUGUUCCCACGACGAGCCCGAGACGAGCGGAUGCCCGUCGCAGGACACGGACGAUAGCUACUUUAUUAUGUCUCCCAUCGUCUUCUUGUACACCAUCAGAUGGUCGAGCUGCAGCAGGAGAUUUAUAACAGCUUUUCUCGAGAGCGGCCUCGGCGAGUGUUUGACCGACAACCCGAGGAACCCGCCGGAAAAGCUCAAGUACCCGGACAUGCUGCCCGGCGCGAUGUACGGCGCUGACUUCCAGUGCGACAUGCAGUUCCCCGGCUCGAAGGUGUGCCCGCAGCCUCAGGCGAAUACCUGCGAGAACCUGUGGUGCUUGACCAACAGCAGCUGCUACUCCCUGGGGACGCCUAAAGCCGAUGGCACCAAGUGCGGCGAAAACAAGUGGUGCAUCCACAAGAAGUGCGUGGACAUGGGCAUUCGGCCGGCGGCGGUACACGGCGGAUGGGGCGAGUGGGGUCCCGUGGGGCCCUGCAGCAGGACCUGCGGCGGCGGCAUUAAGUACUCCGAGCGGGAAUGCGACCGACCGGUGCCCGCGAACAGCGGCAGAUACUGCACCGGCGAGAGGAAGAAGCUUUUCACCUGCAACACCACGCCCUGCGACCCGACUAAACCGCCAUUCCGCGCGAUGCAGUGCGCCGAGCACGACAACGAGGAGAUCCUGACGGACGGGCUUCAUCAAUGGAAGCCGUAUAUGGACCCGAAAUUAGAUCCCUGCGCGCUCUACUGCAUCAACGAGAAGCGCACUUUCGUGAAGAUCUCGCCGACGGCGAACGACUCGACGCCCUGCAAGGCGGGCACCAACUAUAUGUGCAUCUCCGGAUCGUGCAGGAAAGUCGGAUGCGACUGGCUGAUAGACUCGGGCGCGAUCGAGGACAAGUGCGGCAUCUGCAAGGGCGAUGGGACCAAAUGCAGGCCGGUGGAGGGCGAGUUCACCGAAACGGCGUCGUCGAGCGCAUAUGUGAAGAUCCUGACAAUUCCGCGGGGAGCGCGCAGUGUGCGCGUUUCCGAGAGGAAACCCAGCGAGAACAUGCUGGCGGUGAAGCUCGAGAAGGAUAAAACAUACUGCAUCAAUGGCGACAACCGCGAGUUGCAGAGCGGAGAUUACGAGUGCGCUGGGACGAUGAUUAUCUACACGCAUCCGGAGCCGGAUAAGGAAGUGGUGGAAAUGAAGGGUCCGAUAGCUGAAGAUGUCGAAGUGGAGUACGCCUUCUUCAAUCCCGAAGACAAUCCCGGAAUAGACUACAAGUAUUACGUGAGCGCGACGAAUACGUCGUACAGGCCCAGGUACAUGUGGGACUUCACCGAGUGGUCCGAGUGCAGCGCCAAGUGCGACGGCGGCACGAUGAUAUCCGAGGCGUCCUGCAUCGAGGAGCAGGGCGGCCGAGUGACGAGCAACUUCUGCGACGGUAUGCCACGGCCGGAAGCGAAGAGCCGCAUCUGCAAUCAGGCCCCUUGUCCCGCAAAAUGGCGAGUGAGUCAAUGGAGCAAAUGCAGCGCCUGCGACGGGAAAAAGGGCAUGCGGCACCGCAAGAUCCAGUGCGUGAAGCCGAGCGCUCGACGGGGCCAGGACGACGUGCAGGCGAAUUUCGACGCAUGUAAGGGCCGCGUACCGCGGCAAAAGGAGGAGUGCAUAGGCACGAGACCUUGCAAAACGGUAUGUCCGAAGAGGACCCGACAGUCCGACGUGCGGCAGUUGAUAGAGGCGAAGGAGGCCGCGAGUCUGUCCGCGAACGAUCAGCGCAGGAUGAUCGGUAGACUCGUCGAGCACAGCCUAGCUCGUUACUUGGAUAGGGCCCGCGACGAGUCGACGCGCGACGAGGAAGACAAGCUCGAAGGGACGGGCAGCGGCGCCCAGGACUUCCGGCGGCUCCUUUACGACUGGGCGAUGACAAACGAGGACAAGCAUAAACGCACCUGCGAGCCGGACGAGAGGUUCACCACGCCAAAGCCAGGAUCCAUCAUCAAGGAUUCGGUACCCAUCGAGAAGGUUAUACUGCUGCAGGCGCCGUACAUGGACGAGUCCCUUCAGUCUAAUCUGUCGGACAAGGCGUUCCAGGAAUCCGGCGAUACCGUCGGCGGGGGUAUCGACACGAGCCAGCAGAGGGUUUACCAGGGCGCUCAGGCGGUCGACCUUAUCGAAAAAUUGACCCGUCGCAAUCUCACGGCGACCUCGCGUCCGAUCGCCGUCGGCGGGCGCUCGUCGCAGGGGGGAACGUUGAGCAGCAAGGAAGAAGGAGAACGCUCUCUCGCGAAGAAUUCCCGUCAUCCGCGUGCGUACGCGUCGCAUGAUUGACGUGAUUCAUAUAAAAAGUAAAGCAUAUGAGCAAACGCACUCGACUACAGAUUUGAAUAAGUAAGAACCGGGGGGACUUUGGACAUGUUUCCGCGUUUUCCCUCGAGGGGACUCGCCGCGCUCGUUGAUUCACGCGCUCGUCACGAGGGGACGAUUAAGUAACAUCACGGGCUAAAGGUCAUCGGGCCGAGGAGAGCGACAGGCGGGGGGAAGAGAAGACAGAGGAAGAAAAAAGUCUAAUAUGGCAGGUUAGGUUGCACGACGGACGGAAGAUAAGAUUGGCCGAUACGACACAAAUGUCACG